AUGCCGCGCGCGGUCAAAGGUGUUCUGGUCGAAUGCGACCCCUCAAUCAAAGCCAUUAUUCUCAAGAUCGAUGAGGACCACCACCACGCCUUCAUAGUGGAGGACCUCGACGAGGACCACCUGGUCGUGAAGGAGGCGAAGCUCGCCGAGCUGAAGGAGCGGCUGGAGAAGAUCUUGGAGAAGACGCAGAUGAUGGAGAAGGAUGAUGACAGUGACCCUGACCAGCCGGGUUAA